GCUUCUGCCCCCACUUUAGUGCUUGAUUUCUAAAAUCAGAAACCCAUAUUAAAAUCGAAUAUAUAUUUCUCAUUUAACUCUCAAGUUAGAAAUUAUAAUUGAAAAGCCGAAAAACAAUAUCAUCAAAAAGCCGCAAAUUAUUAAUUGUCAAAAAAUAUACGAAAAACUAUUUUUUCCUGUUCAACUCCAUCCAUAAAAUUUAGUUGCGCAAUAACUUGUGUUUUAUUGUUAUCUGAUUGUGUGACAUGUCGGUAAAUACAAAUUCUGAUAAAUUUGAUAUUACGUGUGAAGAAUUUGAGAAACUAAGUAUUGCCCUUCGUAAAGACGAGUUUAGGAAACUCUUCCUUGACUAUUGUGAAGAAAUACAAAACCCCGAAAAUCGCAAACAAUAUGAAGCAGAAAUAAAGCAAUUGGAAGCAGAACGUGGCGUUGACGUGACUUUUCUCAACCCCCAGCCGGGAUUUGUUAUUGAAACAUCGGUUAAUGGUGAUUCUAGAUGCUUCCUCAACAUUGCCAAGUGCGAUAAAAUUUCUGCCCCUACAAGUGAAAAUAACAAUAGAAAUACUAAAAAAGGUGUAAAUUGGACCAUUCCUCAUGCGCUUUUACCACCUCGAGAUGAUUUCCAUGAUAAUAACUGCCGUUGUCAAGUUUUUGACGUGAUAUUUCACCCUGAGGCACUGCUCCAAGCAGAUAAUAAUGUAGCAUUUAAGCAAUGCCUUAUAGAAACUGCUUGUAAUGGCAUUGAAAAAGAAUUUAAAGUACGGCUGGACCGAAUCAAUAUUACUUUUUCAGCUGUUAAUUAUAAAGGUGUUCCACGACCAUCUAUUAUAAGAAAAGCAUCUAAAAAUGCUCCUAUUCAUUCGGAGCAGGAACCGAGUCCUUUAGAUGCUAUUUUUCCAUCGAAACCUUUGCCGGUUUUCGAACCGGCAAAGUUGACUACUAAAACAGUGAGUCAUUUAGAUGAGUACUGCAAACCCAAGUAUGUGGUUAAACACCGUCGUCCAGUAGAUAUGUCAGAGAUGACGUACGAACUUGAUGCUAAAAUAAAUGCGACAGUUCCCAAAGAGCUGGUCGUUGAAAUUGAACUGCCUCUUUUGAAUUCAGCCGCCAAUUGCAUGCUGGAUGUUACUGAUAAAAGGCUUUAUUUUGUGAGCGAAAAGCCUGCCAAGUACAAAUUGAAUAUGGAAUUACCUUAUGGUGUAAAUGAUAAGGAAGGUUCAGCUAAAUUUGAUUCUGAUAAGCAUAGGCUUGUAAUUACACUGCCGGUGAAAGCAUUUAAUACUGGGCGUGGUAAACAAGAUUUUAACCGGGAGGAUAGUGGUGUUGAAAGCGAUAUACGAGAUGAUAUGCUAUUGAAUGAAACAGUGACUUCAGAAAGUCCUCAAGAAGAAUUGAAGACAAAAUCAAAUAUCGAUAAAGAAUCACAGCUAAAACAUUCUAUGGUUGUUUCAAAGAAGUCAUCAAAUUUUCUAAAGGAUUCUAUCAAGUACAACUUUCCUCAACAUUUCGACCUAAACAUUCUAGAUGAAACAAUCGCGAUUGUGCUACACGUUCGCAACGUUGAUAAUGAAUCCAUAGAUUUAAUUAAAGAUGACAAGUCUUUUCACAUACAAUUUACAUCUAUUGGAACGGGAUUUUAUCCUACCCAUUACGCAUUCUAUUUUGAGUUCGUGGAGCAAAGUGAUGUACAAAUAGAUUCUAUUGAUGCUGAAGCAUGGGAUAACAAUGUUGUCUUGAAUAUAAGUUUAAAAAAUUUCCAAAACAUAGAAUACUAUCAUGCUGGCCUAGAUAAUAACAAUGCAAAAAUUUUUAAAAUUCAAGAUGAAUUCAUACUUGGCAAUGCGAAAAAACCGAAACUUGAUAAGCAAUCUAAACUAGAGGUAUCUGUGGAACUUUUAGAUAACGAUAAAUCUAUACAAAUUGAAAUUAAGCCUAAGAAUGCUAAAAAUUUUAAUUUCUGCAAAAAGCAAGAAUAUGAUGAAUUGAAAGCUAAUUCAUCAAAGUGCUUUGGUAAGAAAAACAGAAAGCCGAAUAAGAAACUUCGGUCUUUUUCUGAGUCCACGUGUGAUGACAUCAAAAAACAAAAUAUAAAAUCAGCUGAAUCAGCGUCUGAAUCAAAAGCUAAAACCACAAAAGCCAAUGAUUUAAAACAACCCAAAAAUAUUGUGGUGGACAACAAUGAAAUCAAUGUAGCUGAUUCGUCUAUGCAAACAAUGCAGAAUGGUGAAGAAAGUGAAAUUCAAAUCCCAAUAAGUCGAAAACAAAGAAGCUAUUCAGAGUCGCGAAACCAAAGCGCUCCGACAUUCAAAAGCAUUCUCAAGCACAGCAGCCGAUACUUACGUACUAUGUCGGACAGUUGUUCGUCAAUCGAAGAACCGAUUUCUUACUCGUGUUCUAUUGAUGGAGAUAUGAAAUUCUCGCAUUCGUUUCAUGAUAUUCCAGAAGAAGAUUCUUCUCAACAUGGUCUCUCGGAGAGCUGCAAGAAGACUGUUAGAUUUAGUGACGUGAUAAAAAAAAAUGUUUUUCGCUUGGAUUCAAGUAUCUUGGGUCGCCGAAAGAUAAACCAGAAAAAGAGGAACAAAAAGCGUGCUCUUCAGCGUCGCCAUAGCGAAGGUGAUUCGGCGGAUUAUGAAGAUAACAAGUAUCCCAACAACAACGAACAUUAUCUGAAGCUUUCUGAGAAGCAAAGAAAAUCUUCCAAACACGACAGUGGACUGGAUCUGUCAACUCAAAGCAAAAAUGAUAAUUCUUGUCCUAUGCGAAACCGGGUUGAAUCAGAAUCAUCUGAUCUCGAUUCAAAAAAUAGCCUUAUGUUUGACAUAGACAUGUAGAUCAAAUAUUUUUGUUCGAACUGUUUCGAAUAAUAUUUAAAUCUUGCAUAAGGAGUUAUUUGAUAAUCUUUUAUAACUAUUUUGUAUAAUAUAUUGAAUUAAAAAAAAAAAAAUUAGAAAAUAUAAGUAAGUUUCAUCAA